AUGGUCAAGCACACCGAGCUCAAGCCCCCUGCAGAGCUGGUGGAUGCCAUCAAGUCAUCUGAGGACGCGAGCACCGCCCCCGCCAGCGCCGUCAUACCCUCAGGCCCGGGGGGUUUCUCUGGCAGCACCCCUCGCGUCAUCCGCAACGCGCUGGAGCAUGAGGAGCCGCAGCGGCCCUCGUUGAUGGCGGACGCGCAUGGCAGCGCCGGGGGCGAGCGCGCUGUCGCGGGCCGCGAGGAGCGCAGGGAGGAGCGCAAGGAGCUGGACAUGGAGCACACCGCCGGCCACGGCUUCAAGGGGCAGCGGUACGACCGCGAUCACGUAGUGGCUGCCGACCAGGCCUCCAUCAUGUCUCAUGCUAGGAAGCAGUGA